AUGGCCGCGGGCACAAAGAGGCGAAAGCUGCCUCGGGGAGAUAGCUCCAGUCCUCCCAAAAGAAAAGCCAAGCGAGCUCGACGUAGCAAGUCACAGCCAACCAAACAAGAAGAGUCACCAUCCCCUGGAAUAUCCACAUCCAGCUCGUCUCGAUCGCCCUCCCCGAUCGUCGAGUUCUAUGCGCCUACUCACCCUAAGCUCGCACGAUGGCGGUGCUGCACGGGGGGCUGUGGGAGGCGUGGCUGGCCCCUCGCCGUCCGGCAGUGCCUAGACUGUGGGCAUGAGAGGGAUAAUAAAUGCGAAGAUUUCAUCGACUACCUUGGGUGGAAGAAAUUUAGGGAGUGGAAGCGCUGGAGACUCUUCGUCGAGGGCUUACGGGCCGCAGGCGACUACGAUUUCGGGAUGAAGCUCACUCCGUCGUCCAUCUUCGUACCAGACGAACGACUCGAUGCAGUCAGCCAGGAGCUGGAGAACAUGGAGAGCGAGAGGUUCCUGCUGCUGGGGGACGGACGGCACAGCUGCUUCACGGAUUGCCACCUGCCAGGGGAAUGCAAGGACGUUCAGCGUGCAUUCUCCAGGCGCACCUCGCCCCUGUCCAGCAAAGAGAAGAGCCAGUCGCCGAGGCCUGCCAUGCCCGAUUCUCCCAAAUCGCCGCCGCCCUCGGAUGACGAGGACGGCGGUGAUGUUGGGUGGGUUGAUGUUGUAGCUGAUAUAGAUGUGGGUUCCCAAGGAACAAAAGAUGAGGAUGCCGACUCGGUACGCCCUCGUUCGCGUUUGCCCUCCCCGCUCUUACCAUCAGAUGGGGCACCUAAAAUCUACGAGGACGAUUUGCCUUGA